GGCGGCAGGAUCCCGCCUCCUAUUGGCCCUCGGCACCGCCUCCCGGUCCCGGAAGCGCGCCCUGCCCCCCCCGUCCGGCGGCCGCGCUAUCACUCGGUGUGACGUCACGAGGCACGUAGCCCCGCCCCUGCCGGUGGCCCCGCCCCACCGGUCCCUGUGCUGGGCGGGGGUCUCUGCCGCAGGGACCGGGCACUCGUCAGGGCCAGUUCUCAGAGCCCCGGGCCCCCCAGCGCUGCCUCCUCUGCCCCCCAUGGCCCUUCGGGCCCAGUCCUGCAGCUGGCAGCCCCCCGUGGUGACAGUGACGGUGGUUGCUACUUCUGAAAUCACGAUCAACUCCUUCUGCCCCUCAGGGACCCUUAACCAGCCUCCACUGUCGGGCAUGGCCUCUGGUCCUUUCCCAUGUCCUUUGUGGAGUUCCAGGGACCCGUCCUUGGCCAUGCUGGGAUAGUGUCUGUCUGUCUGGGACAGGUGAUGCUCUAAAGAUCUAACAUCUGCUUUUGUGCAAAAAUUCUAUUAUGUGCAAUCUCUUUGGCACAGAAGGAGUCAGGGAAGAACGGUGUUCUGGUCAUGCAGGUGAAAGAGCUGUCCUGCACCUCCUGCUUCAACAUCUUCUUUGUGGUGCCCACUGUAAGCCCCAUCACGACUUGAAAGAGACGGAUGGAGAGCUCCCGCACAGUGUCUCACUCCCUGGGGAGGAGAGGAGGGCGUGAAGAUGGACAUCCCCAAAACAGCCUUGGGCAGCCCAGCUCCAGAAGAGAGGAGAGCUGCAGCACUGCAGCUCUGCCCAGUAGGGCUCGGUGUCCCUGGCACUGGAGACGCUGCGGAGGGCUGGGCAGGUCAGGGUGGGGUGUGCCUGUCACGGUGGGUCCGUGCGGCAAUUUGGGGGGCAGCGCUAGGCUCCGGGGGCGCGGGCGGUGCGUCCUCCGGCCGCCAGAGGGCGCGGGCGGGCCGGGCGGGCCGGAGGAAGUGACGGGGCCGGCGGGGCCGAGGAACGUGAGAAGAAUGGGUUCCGUGUCAGAGGAGCUCAGCUUGGUCCCCUUGCACCAGAGGCCGGAGCUGCUGGAAGCCUGUGCCAAGCUGCUGGGCGAGGAGUGGGGGAAGAGCCGGGCGUCGCGGCUCCACACACUCCAGCGCUCCUCGGACGCCUUUCCCACCUGCCUGCUGCUGCUGCGGAGCCAGGGCCCCAGCGAGACCCCUGCCGCCCAGGAGGGGCCCUGCGAGCUCGUGGGCCAUGUCCGACUCUCCCGUGUGGUUGGCUGUCCCCAUGACCUCUUUGUGGAGAGUGUGGUGGUGGCCCGGGCGCUGCGGGGCCAGGGCUAUGGGCGGCGGCUGAUGGAGGCCACUGAGCAGUGGGCCCGGGCCCGGGGUUUUCACUGCCUGCACCUCACCACCCACGACAAGCAGCAUUUCUAUGCCCACCUGGGCUAUGUCCUGGGUGAGCCGGUGCAGAACGUGGCCUUUCUCAGCCCAGCUAUAUCCUCUGAGGUGCUGCGGCUCUUCUCCGCCCCUUCUGGGGCUGCCACUGCCACCACCGCCAGGCCGUGGGUACCUGCUGCCCCCCCGCCUCCCCCCCAGCCCCUCACUGUCCCCCCACCACCUCCCCCACCAACUGUGAUCUGGGCAAGGGGUGUCCUGGCUGAGAGCAGCGAGCAGAGCCUCCUGGAAUCCCCACACCGUGAUGCCAAAGGGCUCCCCAUCUUCUGGAUGAAGAAGGACAUCUGAGGGGCUGAGGCCCCAAGCUGGUGAUUAAAAGCAGCGUGGGUGGGAGCUGCCCGCCGCAGCA